AUGGACAACUCUGGAGAAGCCGCAGAACAACCUUUUUACGUCAAUGCAAAGCAGUACCACCGAAUUCUCAAGCGACGAAUAGCCCGUGCAAAGCUUGAAGAAUCACUCAAUGUGGCUCGUGGUCGACGGCCAUAUUUACACGAGUCCCGGCACAAGCACGCUAUGCGACGGCCGCGUGGGCAAGGUGGUCGGUUUUUGACUGCUGCAGAAAUAGCUGAACGUGAGCGCAAGGAAGCUGAAGACCGUCGAUUAAAAGAAGAGGGGGGAUCAGAAGAAGCACCUGGGAGUGAGGAUAGUAAUGGCAGAAAUAUGGGCGAGCAAGAAAAUGGCGCGGCGAUGGCGGCAGCAGGAACAACAAGGAAUGGUAACGGCGCGGAGAUUUCAAAUAAUGGGACCUCUUCGUCAAACGGAAACAUCACGAUGGCCGAACCUCUGUUAAAUUUACAUCCUACAAGCAAUAAACCGCUGUUUUCAAACGACAGAUCUAAUGAAAAUACCAAUGGUGGCAAUACCAGCAAUAACAUUAACGAAGACACGAACAACAACAAUAAUAAUAAUACCAAUAAUAAUACUAAUAAUAAUAAUAAUAAUGACCAUCAACAACAAUCUAACGAAGCAAAUGUCCGUCAACAACUUAAUGAGAGCAGCAGGCCUGGCGAUGUGACCGUUAACAGAAUAGGAUCAGCAUCCACAUCCUCUCCUUCAACAGCCUCUUCAAAUAAUAACUCUUCUUCUUCUUCUUCUUCUUCUUCUUCUUCUUCUUCUUCUUCUUCUUCCUCUUUUGCAGACGGACUGGUUGGUCUGCCGCUGGGCCCCGCGGGCGGCGCGCUCAAGCAGGACGCUGAUGGGGCGAGUGGAUUACCAUCGCAUCUUGCGGGAUCGGCUCAGCAACUCAUUUCGAGUUGA